AGUGAUGAAGAACUGAUGAGCCUGAUGGAGUCACCCACUGUUUCUGCGAUAAUGGAGGAGGUAGCGCCAAGUAUGAGUGGACAUCAUACAACCCACCGUGAGAACACGAGCAUAUUCUCUUCUGUCUCAGCACAGGUGGACGGAGCCGCGAGCUGGAGACAGCGGACACCUGGAGGAGCAGUGGCAGCAGACAGUUGUGAUACUAGAGAUAGAGCUUGCAACUACGGCUUUAGUAGAUGUCAAACGUCAAGUCCUCAGUGCCUGACCACACCAUCCAAGCCAAGUAGUAGCUGCUGGGCCCACCCUGGGGGGAACCUGGCAGAGAUUGAUGACGACUGCAGGCCAGACACAGCUGAAUUUAGGAUGAAUGAGAUGGUAGCUUUUCCUACGAUGUCGGCGGUGAAUUUAAACUCUCUCAGUGGUAAGGUUGAUCCCGAUGACGCAAAAACCCACAGUAGUGACAGCGCGUCGUGUUGCAUGAGUACAAGUGGAAAGUCCAGACGUUCUGCCAUUGCUCAAAGUGUUCAAAGGGCGCCUGUUAUUUCCCAUACAUCUGAUGACUGUAGAAACUGGACAGAGUUCUCUCCACACAGCAAUGUAAUUGUUGCAACAAAACCUGUCGAAGACAACAGCAACUUUCAUGAAACAGCUCCUCACUCAACUCACUGUUUGUUACCCAUGUCUCCCAAACCCUGGACAGAUGGACCAAACUGGAAGGAAACAAUUGCUCCAAGUGGUCCCAAACCCUGGACAGAUGGACCAAACUGGAAGGAAACAAUUGCUCCAAGUGGUCCCAAACCCUGGAAAGAUGGACCAAACUGGAAGGAAACAAUUGCUCCAAGUGGUCCCAAACCCUGGAAAGAUGGACCAAACUGGAAAGAAACGAUUGGUCCUAGUGUUCCCAAACCUCCGACAGACUGGUCCCACUGGGGUACAUCUAAGGCUGGAAGUGUUUCAUCAACCCCUCUCACAUACAGCUCAUGCUGGAGUAAACCCAUCACCGCACAGACUAAGAAUAUAAUGCCAACAUCUCUUAAAUCUGUUGAUGAAGACUGGACUGACAAGAAUGAGGAGACAGUUGUUCAAAUUCAGAACACUGCAGUCACUCCGAAGUCUGUUCAUCAUCAAGAUAAUGCCUUCAAUCAAGAUGAGUCAGCUCCAAACGUGGAGGAAGAAAGCAUAAGCUGGAGUCCUAAAGACGCGAUCCUCUCCUCCCCCUCCACGGAUGACGGCUUCUCUCAGUCCUCUCACCGCUACGGCAAAGUCCUGGCAUGGGCCAAGAGCAGUCAAGGUGCCAACGGACAUCUGUCCUCCAGUCUUCACAAGUCCAGCUGUUCUAGCCAGCAGGCCUGUUUGUCCUUGUCGUCUGGUGAAGUGGCAGGAGGACCCUCCUCCUUGCUCCAAGUACUGGAGGAACAACAACCACAGGCCUGUCUGUCUGUCUCACCUGAUGAAACACCAGGAACCUCCUCCUUACCCCAGACACCCAGCAAGACCAACGUGAUGACGACUACACAGGAACAGACCGCAGACUGCAGCUCCUCCUUUGUUCCUCCAGCAGCAAACACGAUGACGUUGUUGUUAUCUGGUUCUACACAACGUAGAGACCUCCGGACUUUCCCAGACACACACACUACAACAACUACAACGAGCCCAGGACUGUUUCCCCCUACUGAGGUCCCCGCUCUGUCAAGGAGAUGUCUGUGGAGACAGGAAGGACAGGAGGAAGAGCGAGAGCUGUGUGUGUCCACGUCUACACCAGCCCUCAAGUCAGCCAGCACGUCCAGAAACUUCUUGUCUCAGCUGUUUGCUGCAGGGGACAGUUCCAGGAACAGCAGUCAUCAGCUGAUGGGAAACGUGUUUGAUGGCCUCUUCUGACACCGACUGGUGGUAGCCCCUGGUUUUAGAAGCAAAUGCCUGUGAUUGAGAGACGUCGCAAAACAAACUAGUGGUCCUGUGUGGUAGAACAUUUUAACUACCGGUACACAUACAUUGAUUAUCUUUCUCCAUCCUUUUGGUAUGCUAUAUGUAUUAUAUUUGAUUUCAGAUUGUCACUGGGUAAAAAAAUACCUACAACAGAUUCUUCAGUGUACACAAGCUAGCUAAAAAUGGCAUAGUUAUUAGUUUAAAAUAAAACUGUUUGACAGCUUGUACAUGCACUAAACAUUUUUGAAAAUAAGAUGCCACCUGGAACUGGAAUGACAAUAAAUAAUAAACAGGCUGUUUGUUCUUUUUGAAAUGCCAUAGAUCUAUACUUUUUUCAAAUGCGAUCAGAUUUGGAGAAAAAUGAUAAAAGAAAGUUCUCAGAAAAAGCUGGUUUUCUGCAAAUGACUAAUUUCGAUCCUCAUGGCACAGAAUCAUUGGAUUUUUGUGUUAGUGUAUGAAAACCCUUCCACAUCAACUUGUCUCCAUAAAGUUCUUUGAAUGAUCGCUCAUUUUGUUCUGUUCACUAUUUGAAAGUUCAUAUAUAUAUGCAUCUGAUAAGUAUUAUACCGAAAGUUGCUUAUGAAAAGCAGUGUUGACUUCACAUUCUAUCCCAUCAGCAGAGCUGUUAUUUGGAGAAGACCUCAAUCCAGAUCUAAGGAAAUGUUAAAGCCAUUUAUCACAAAACAUUUUUUCCACACCUUACCUCACAAUAUUAAUAAGAUUUCACAGCGUAUUGAAGCUAUCUGAGAUAUUUUUUUUGUAUUUUGUUCAAAAAUGAUUUUUGUACCAGAAAAUUUUUUUUUAAUGCAGUUCCUCAAAAAUGUGUCAUGAAACAUGCAGACAAAAUGAGUUACUUCUCGGAUUUGAGCCCUAUGGAAAUAGUUACAUCACGCUUAUUAUAGUUCUUACAAUUAAUACGUACGAAAUAACAAAAGUAAUGUUAUACUUUUAAAGAAGAAUAUUGCAUCAAUAAAAAAUGUACAAAUUUGACCCUUGAGUCGAUUUUUGGCCAAUAUCUCCAUUUGUGGAUUGCGAGAAGUAACUAUUUUGUCAGCACGUGUUAACUUUAUCCAGCCAUACACACAUCUAUUUCUAAAAUAAAUGACUUAUGGCAUUGGAUUUUAAGAUCCCUCUAUUGCACAAACAGGAGAUGUGUUGAAUUUAACAUUUCAGUUUAUUUUUCAGUUCAUUUUAACUAAGAUUUGUAUUUCCAACAGUCUCUUUCUUUUUUUCAAUAAACAUGAACGUUACAGAAAAAUAUA